AGUUGCGUUAACGAUUUCAGAAGGAACGGUUCGUUGCCUGUGAGAUAUUCUUUCAAAUAUCUCGUUUUACACGUUCAAGACAUUUUGGAUUUCGAUAAUGUAUAGGUAUAGUGUCUAAAAUGUUCGAAAUGUAUCAUUAGGACAUUUGAUUAUAGUGGAAUUUUUAGUGAUGGCUAAUUACGGUGUUUCGGUGAAACGAAGUGCAAGUGAUUUGGAAGAACAAAGUUUGAUUCUGUACAGGAAAAAGACUGAGCUUAGGAAUGACUUAGAUAAAGAGCCCAAAGAUUUGACAAAUAGAAAUAUGUUUCCUAGUGCACAAAUAAAAAUGAGGUUAAUGUCUCCUAGUACGUCACCUGCUACGUCACCUACAAUGUCGAAUUCUUCAUCGCCAACGCCCCCUGCAGUUAAUUAUAAUAAAAUGACCGGAAUACCAUGCGUAGCUGCUGCUUCUAGAUAUACCGCCCCUGUACAUAUAGACGUUGGGGGGACUAUAUACACAUCAUCCUUGGAAACGUUAACAAAAUACCCAGAAUCUAAAUUAGCGAAACUUUUCAAUGGUAGUAUACCCAUUGUUCUUGAUUCACUGAAACAACACUACUUUAUAGACAGAGAUGGUGGCAUGUUUAGACAUAUACUUAAUUUCAUGCGUAAUUCAAGAUUACUUAUUCCUGAAAACUUCCAAGAUCUUGAUUUACUAUUAGAAGAAGCUAAAUAUUUCGAUAUCACUCCUAUGGUUAAACAUCUUGAACAGCUAAAAAGGGAAAGGAUAAAAAACGGUGUGAUUCUUCACAAAUCUCAAUCUACCGGAAACGAAAAUAACCAUCACAAAUCGACUGAGAAUAACCGAUUAGGACAAGAAAUGUACGAGUGCGUAGCUUUGCAUGUAAGUCCGGAUCUAGGAGAACGUAUAAUGUUAUCGGGAGACAGAUCUCUACUCGAUGAGGUUUUUCCAGAAACUAAUCAAGCAGUUAUGGAUGCCAGGUCGGGGGUUGCUUGGAAUCAACAAGAUGCGCAUCAUGUUAUCAGAUUUCCUCUAAACGGCUACUGCAAAUUGAAUUCGGUGCAAGUGAUAACGAGACUUUUAAACGCCGGUUUCAAGAUAGCAGCUAGCAAUGGAGGAGGUGUUGAAGGUCAACAAUUUUCCGAGUACCUGUUCAUCAGAAGAGUUCUACCUGGUUGAUUCAUUUCCAUUCCAACUAACAGACAAUCAUUGCAGUUAUAUAAAUGAAGAAUUCUAAUUAUUUUAGAAAAAUUAUCCUCGAUUCGGAUAAUUGCAAAUUGUUUUGAGAAUGUAACUAUAAAAUCUCAUUGAUUUUCAUUAAAAAAAAUUUUAAUUGCCAACAUAAUAAUGUUAUUGGAAAUAAUAUCCCUAACAGACAUAGUUAAUAUUCUUUUUCAUUCGAUUUGAUGAAGCCUUUGACUACUUAGAUGGUAAACAAGCUUUUUUCGACUUAAUUAAUAAUAUUUAUUAUCAUUUAAACAAGUGGGUUCAUCAAAUACUUGUAUUUGUUCACAAACGAAUCAAAACUUCAUUGAAGAAGUCAAACAACUAUCAAUUAUGGGCUGUGUUAGCAUAAUUGCGCGUAUAAGAGGAUGUUUCCAGAAGUACCUGGCCCAACAAAAAAAACACAAAAAUUUUGGUGAAAACAUAUUUAUUUUUCAAUUAAAUCUUCAUUUAGUUCCAUUCACUUUUCCCAGUUUUUAUAAUAAGAAACGUCAAACUUUUAAAAAUAGAUAUUAACUGCCGAGAUUACACCUUCAUUGUUGGAAAAUCUUUGACCACUAAGCUAUUUUUUCAAGUCUUGGAACAGAAAAUAUUCUGAGGGAGCCAAAUCUAGCAAAUAAGUUGCAUGAGGUAGCAAUUCAAACUUUGAUUCUUUAAUUUUGGUCAUUGCAAUAACAGAUGUGUGAGCAGGUGCAUUGUCUUGAUUCUUCUUAGCCAAAUGCGGCUGUUUUUGCUCGAUUUCUUCGCUCAAACGUUGCAAUACACUCGCAUAAUUCUCGAUGUUGAUAGUUUUUCCUUUUAUAAGAUAGACAAUAAAAAUUAUCCCAUGCGCAUCCCAAAAAACGAACGCCAUAACCUUGCCUGCGCAUGGAAAGAUCUUUGCCUUCUUUGGGGCCGGUUCUCCCUUUCCAGUCCAUUAUUUUGAUUGUUCUUUUGUAUCGGGUGUGAAGUGAAUGACCCACGUUUCAUCCAUGGUUAUAAAACGGCGCAAAAAUUUUGGUGAAACAUUGCCAAACAUUCGAUGAAAACGAAACAUCUUCCCGGCGCAGUUUUUGUUCCAUUGUAUGCAAACGCAGCACCCGUUUUGCUCACAGCUUACACAUGUUCAACUUUUAAGUUAACAUCCAUGUAUCGCAUUUUUUGAAAUGCCUACUAUGUCUGCUAGCUCGCGCACUUCCAGUAAACGAUCAUCCAGUACCGCUUCGUGAAUUUCUGGUCGACCACUGUGAUGCUGGUCUUCGCUGGUCGUACGUCCUCGUUCAAAGUGUGCUAACCAAUAUUUUACCGUUAAUAGCGAAGUAGCAGUCUCACCCAGAGUAGAAUCUAGCUCAGAUUUUAUCUUAUUUGACUAAGGUCUUUCAAAUUAAAAGAUUGUAUCACAUAACGAUGAUAAAUUCACUGAACACGUUCACUAUUGGUAGCUGCCAACAAAUACUAAACAACGUGGCGACUUCAAACUCAAUACAUGUGCUGUAUAGAUUGUAUUUUUCAAAUACCGCCCCCUCUAGAUCAGGCCAGGUACGUCUGGCACCAUCCUUGUACGUAUCACUUUAUGGCAUCCAGAAGAUCUUGAGAUGUGGAGAAGAUUUGUCUGGUUCUUUAUCUGAAUUAAAGAGGUAAUAAAUAUAAUCAAUACGUCUUGAAAUGCUAUAGACAAAAGAAAUGUUACAAACGAAAGAAAAUAUAUUGAGAAUCGAAAGUAUUGUUAGCACUAAAGCUCUAAGAGUUCGGCACCUGCAAGCAUACUGAAUAAAUCUGAAAAACUGAAUCCGACAGAUAUCCUUUAAUUAAUUAUAAAUAAAUAGGGAUAAAAAAACUAUUAUUUUUAUGCACAGUUCUUGGAAACUGAGUAGAGGAAAGGGGACAAAAAGUCUUUCAGGUCUCAGUAAAUCGUCACCCUAUCAAGCAUACAAACAUUGGGUAAUGAGUGACUUUUCAGACGUAAAAAGUAUCCUUAAAGUUCUCCGUCUAUUGGGAUUUCAAAAUACUGUAUUCCGGAAAAGCAGAGGGCUAUUUUUUAAAGGAUUUGAAAGAAUUGAAAAUUUGCUGUAGGGAAUCGUAUGUAGAGUUUAAAAAAGAUUGUGUUGAAAAAUAAAGUAAUUGCAGCAAAACGCCUGAUAUGAAGUCAAUUUUUGGAAUACUCAUCCUCACCUUGUAAAUAAAGGGAACCUAAUGGCGGACUUUGCCUUUUUGAAGCCAGUAUUCCCUAUUCGAAUUGCUGGAUGAGAAAUAUAGAAAGUUUUUUUUUGGAAAUGUUUCGAGGGCACUUGGCACUGAUCUUGGUGGAAAAUUAUUAGUAAUUUCUUCUUCUUCAACGUAUUGUAGGCAUUAGGCCUGUAGUUUCCAACUUGUCAUCCUUCAGAUGUUAAUUUCCAUGAAUCCAUCCAUCUUUUUGGAGGUCUUCCUAAAGGUCAUCGUGUCCAUGGUCAUUCUGUGUACGUUCCAAGCUGUUCUACGUUUACGUUCCUUUGCCACAUGUCUCUUGGAAAAGAACUUUACUGGUAUGUCUCAGUGCUGCAAUUCUGCUUCUUUAUUCUUUUUUUAUAAAAAAAGCAAGCACAAGAGUAAUUCGAGUGGUGUCUGCCGUGAGGGAUGCCUGUGGAUGUUGAUCUUCCGUAGGCUGUAAUCCACUUCUCCAAAGAAAUAAGCUCUGGUAAAUUGAUGUUCUGGGCAUCUAGAGUCAAACUUGGUGUUCAUAAGCCAUGUUUGCUUGUCGAAUAGGUCUUGAAAAAACUGCUCUAGGUGGGAUUGUAUUAGACAACUCGGAAGAGCAUUUGCCGUAGUUUUAUCGGUAAAACAGAGUCAGGUCUGCGACCUUUAUUCUAUACUUUUUUCUGUAUUGGGUCGAGCAUCCUCAGGGAAUGCUAAGGACGAGCUUCAAAUGUGCGAGCAAUAUUCAAUAUCUGAGACUUGUAGAAGAUUAGGAGCUGUUGCAGAGUAUGUAGCUUUUUGUGAAGCUGCCUUGACUAAAUCGACCAGGUGACCAGGAGACAGGACCAAAUCCUGACCUGCAGUUCCAGCCAUCUUUGUAAAAACAGCAGUCUUGGUCUUUGCUGUAUUAACCUGAAUCAGAUUGCUUCCACCACUCUUAAAAAUGAUUUUUCUAUUUAUUCUUCCUCAUGGUCCAUUUUACUUCAAAUAUUUUUUUCUUGAAUAUUCUAAGCCUUUUAUGUGAGUAUGGUCGUAUCUUUCCUAUGGAGAUAACUUUCUAUGUGAUUAAGAGAGCUGCUACAAUUAUGUCAACGUUGAAGUGAAUUUCUUAUCAAAAGCCUGAUGAUAUCGAUCAAACUAUCUGGGUUUUCACUCAAAACAAUGAGUUUUUCUUUGAGCAGACCUAUAGUCAAGAACAAUAAAAAAGGAAUAAGUACUCGGGAUUAAAAAAUUUAAUGCUUCACUAUAAUUUAACAAACUUUUCUUGUAUUUGCAAUGUUUAUUGUAUUUUUUGACCAACCUCAAUUUUAAGCGACCCUUAAACGAUUACUGGAAAUGAUUUUCAGAGCGAACAUUCUUAUUCGCAGUAGAGGUUUACGGUCAAGAUUGAUGGAAUGAUGACUGGAUUAACUGAUUUCCAAGAAUUUUGGGAUUCUAGCCUCAACUACGUUAAGUGGACAGAAAACCUACAGUCUGAAUGGUGGUUUAGUGAUUCAAUCAUACUUAUCUCAGUCUUGCUAAUCUUUUCACGGCGAGUCGAGCCAGUAAAGCUUUCUCAGAGAGCUACUGUCCAUUUUAGUAGAUCUAGACGAAAGUUCCGUGAUGCUGAACAAUAAUUGUAAUACCGCAGACUUGAUCAAAUAUCUAAAAGACACUCAACUGUAUCAUAAAUUGUGAACAACUGACAUGUCGCUAAUAACCUUGUAGUUGAUGCGACAUUAAAUAAAUAAGAAUUAUAUUUUUAGUGUAACGUGAUAAUAUGAAUUCUGUAAGUUCUAACAAUUGAUUUUUUUCAUGCUUCAGCUUGAAAUUUGGCUGUCAACGAGCCAAUGAGCGGACAAGCGUUUUUCCCUGUCUGAGCUUUAUAUAUUAAGCGCUGUAUCGACUGCGUUUUCGUAUAUUGCCAAAAGCUUUAUUAAUUUAAAUAUUUCUAUUUUUCAAACUUCAGUUUUUUUAGUUUAACCAUGUUUUAUGAAUGAAGAUAACUUAACCUGUAUCCGUACUCUCGUAUGAAUGUAAUACAAAUUUGAAGUAUUAGGUAUUUUAAAUUUCCACAACGGCGCCAAAAGUGAUAUGCGCGGAUCUGUAUGCCGGUUUAUCCACGUUUUUUAAUCAUUUCUUCACCCCCACUAUCGUUUUCCUGUCACCGAAUGCAAGAGUUACGUAAAACAAGUUUUAUCUUCACUAAAUUUACUUAGAGACUGAAGUGAACAAUUUGAGGUAAAUUUACUUCAUUCAAAAUGUCAGUUCAAAUGAUGUAUGUAGGGAUUUCGAUAAAGAAUAACGAUUGACAGAUCUGUCAUUUAUGAUUGAUUCUAUAGGAACAAAUGCUUAAAAUAUCCCAUGAGUGUCGUAUAAUAGUGAUUAAUGUACAAUAAAUUUCUCCACUAUAUUUUUAUUUCAAAGCUUGUUUCACGAUUAUAUCUUGCACUACUCAAUGCAGAGACUUCUUUGAAAGAAAAAUUCUGAAUAUUCCUUUCUUAUUUAUCUUUAAAUCCGAUUGCCUAAUUCGUAAGCAUGCUUCUCCAAUUUCAAAAAGGACGUUGACCAAGUCCACGUUCGGAAUAAGUCAACGGCUCAAUAUUAUACAAUGCCAAAAAUACUCAAUCCCUUGCCAAUUGAAAUUAAAUCAAAAACCCCCUCUUCCUGUAUUUCGUAAUAAAUUGAGGGCAUAUUUACUAGAAAACGCCUUCUGCUCUGUAAACUUUAUUUUAUUUGUAUUUUUAUUUAGUUAUUGUUAUGAUUGUUUAUUAGUUUUUACAAGCUUUUAUCUUCAAAUUGUAACAAUUUUAUGAGAAUAAAGCAUUUCUCUCUAUAUCUACUGAACUAUUAAGUAAAACUCAUACUUUUUUAUCACAAAUCUAGUAAAAAGUUUGAAACAUUUGAUAUCUGAGGUUAGUAUGUUUGAUUUUCUCAUAAAAUAUAAUUGGAUACAUUCUGGAUGCAAUGUGGAUUUAUAGUUACAUUAAUAUCAACUGUUGUUUAGUAAAGAACGAUUCCAAAUAUGAUUAACAAAAUUUUUCAUCAAUUAUCGUUUUUUAUAUCUGUAACUAUUUCUUGAGCAGAUGUACUGAUCUCAAAAUAGAUCUAAUCGGCUGUGAUCCUUCUAAAAAUUUAGUUGGAUCGACCACUUUACUAUUGUAAUAUAUUACUUAUAUGAUGUAUUUAAUAAAAUAUUAUUUGAAA